AUGGGAUUACAAAACCAGUUAACUGACAUUUCUUCUGAAUCAAUCCCAAUAUUAAUGGUAACCCUUUUUGCUAACUCCGUUAAUUAUCUCCGUUCCGUUAUCUUCACUUUCUUUCACUUCAUUGGUUUUGGUUUCUCUUCUUGUUCCCGAUUAUUUCCCGAUCAGUUCGAAGAUUCUUUAUACGAAGUUGUCGGGUCCGGUCUAACCGGAAUUAUUUUCCUCGCCGAGCAGCUUAAUCUGAACCGGUUGUUAUCUUAUUAUUACCAAGGGGAUGAAAAAACUGAUUCCGGUUCGGGGACUUGUGUGGUUUGCUUGAACCGGUUGAGUGAUGGUGAACCGGUGCGCAAGUUAGCAUGCUGGCACGUGUUUCACACGGAGUGUUUGGAUGGGUGGUUCAAUACGCUUAAUUUUAAUUGUCCGCUUUGCCGGUCGAGUUUGGUCUCCGAUGAGGGCGUGGUGAUCACGCGCCGCCGCGUUGCUGGUGAUUUGCUGACCUGGUUCUCGUUGAGCUGA